CUCUGUAUUCUCUGACCGGGAGAGGAUGGUGUCCUCGCUCCAGGCGAUAUGGAUGUUCAAGGAUGGGGUGAUUCUGUUCUGCACACCGUUCCUCCUCCUCCCACUACCUCUGCUGAUCGGAACCACGGAGGCAGGCUGUGCCUAUGUGAUCGCCCUGAUGGCAGUGUACUGGUGUACUGAGGUACUGCCGCUGGCUGUGACUGCACUCCUGCCCGCUGUCCUCUUCCCUUUGUUUGGCAUCAUGGAGUCCAAGCAGGUACGCUUCCCUUACACACGCACAAACACACAUGCUCACACUCAAAGACAAUCUCUCACGUGUGUGUAUCAGGUGUGUAUGCAGUACCUGAAGGACACCAACAUGCUGUUUGUUGGCGGGCUAAUGAUGGCUGUUGCCGUGGAGAAGUGGAAUCUUCACAAGCGCAUCGCCCUCAGAGUUCUACUCGUUGUGGGGAUGCGGCCUGCCCUUCUGAUGCUAGGGUUCAUGGGUGUGACAGCCUUCCUGUCCAUGUGGAUCAGUAACACAGCCACCACAGCUAUGAUGGUCCCCAUUGUCCAGGCCGUCCUGGAGCAGCUCAACGGCCCACGAAAGGGGGAGAACCCCCUGCCCACCCCUCAGAGCCGGGAGAAUGUUACGACUCCUGAGGAAAAUCUGGAGAACAGUUCGACCCCACAGGACACACUUAUGAUCCAGGACAAUCACAUCCCACUGGAGAAACUAGCCUCAGAAGAUAAACUGGACUCCCCAGACAAACCAGUUCCUCAGGACAACUCUCUGACUGAUGGGAAGCCAGUGUUGGUGUCCAUGGUCUUGAAGGAAGGGACUGAAGCAGAGGAGCAGGUUGGGGAGGAAGAGGAGGAGAAGGAGAGGAUGAAGAUGUGUAAAGGUCUGACGUUGUGUGUGUGUUACGCUGCCAGCAUCGGCGGCACUGCCACUCUAACUGGCACCGGACCCAACCUUGUCCUCACAGGGCAGAUGAGCCAACUCUUCCCUCAGAACGGUGACGUCAUUAACUUUGCCUCAUGGUUCGCCUUUGCCUUCCCCACCAUGCUGCUGAUGCUGACGCUGGCCUGGCUCUGGCUCCAGCUCGUCUUCAUCGGCUUCAAUCUGAAGCGUACAUGGGGCUGUGGUGCUGUGCAGUCAGAGAAGGAGUUUGCGGCAUAUGAUUUGAUCCGUGAGGAGCAUCGUCGUCUGGGGCCCAUGUCUUAUGGAGAGCUGAGUGUCCUGGGGCUCUUCAUCCUGCUGGUGGUGCUUUGGUUCACACGAAGCCCAGGCUUCAUCGAUGGAUGGGCAACCCACGUCUUCAAUGCCAAAGCACCGUUUGUAACUGAUGCCACGGUGGCGGUGUUUGUUGCCAUGCUGCUGUUCGUCUUGCCCUCUGAGCCCCCCCGCUACCUCAGCUUCUGGAGAACACAGAGAUUUGGCACAGAGCAUCAGCCCACCCGUGGCCCCGCCCCUGCCCUGCUGACCUGGCAGGUGACCCAGAGGAAGAUGCCCUGGAGCAUUGUACUGUUGCUAGGAGGAGGCUUCGCACUGGCUAAGGGCAGCGAGGUGUCUGGUCUGUCACGGUGGCUGGGUGAUCAGAUGAUGCCUCUCUGCUCCGUCCCUCCCUGGGCCAUCGCUGUCAUCCUCUGUCUCCUCAUCGCCACCUUCACUGAGUGUGCCAGCAACGUGGCUACCGCUACACUCUUCCUGCCCAUCCUCGCCUCCAUGUCCCAGUCCAUAGGGUUGAACCCGUUGUAUGUGAUGGUACCCUGCACCCUCAGUGCAUCCUUUGCCUUCAUGCUGCCUGUGGCCACGCCUCCUAAUGCCAUCGUGUUCUCUUAUGGAUACCUGAAGGUGUCAGACAUGGCUAAAAUGGGUAUAGUGAUGAACAUCAUCGGGAUCCUGUGCAUCACUCUGGCCAUUAACAGCUGGGGCAGAGUUAUGUUCAACCUGGACACCUUCCCCUCCUGGGCCAACACCACUGCAAACAUCACUACAGGAGGAGGAGGGGGGAAAUGACCCCAAAUAUACCACCAUACGCCCCUGUACUGCCAUUGCACUGCUACCGAUGCCAAAAGGGGAUGAGGAAGGGGGAGUAUUACCAAGAGACCACAGAUCUUUCUCCAACAGCACUACAAGCCUCGCUGGGGCAACAGAAGGCUGGCCAUGAGAGCACUGUUAUGGUCUGGUGAACACAUGCGCGCGCAGUGUAUCAGUGUAUUUUCUACUGUUCGGGACUUAUUCUUAUAUUAUAUGGUUAUGACACUAGAGAGCCUUAGGGAACAGGGAUGAUAAAUAACUUGCAACGCCUAGACAUGCUGUAAUACUGUAACUUAUAUUUGUAUACCUGACAAUAUUGUUAUAUCAAUUUAUAUUCUAUAAUUGUAAUAUAUUACAGGGAUCAUCAACUUAUUUUAGCCACUGGCUAAUUUUCUCUUGAGUGGAUGGUCAGGGGUCCGGAACAUAAUUACAAAUCAUUUGGAGACUACAAAUUGACUGCCCAAACAAAUAUAAUAUUUGAAUAAAACAUAAUCAUUGCAAACCUUGCUUACAUUUGUAUACAAUCACACAUAUCGCUCUAUUAUCCGUGGGAAUACUUUGGAACAGAUUUUCCUAAUUAAAAUCACUUGGAGCUGAUUUUCUGGCAUUUUCAGUUUUUUAUGUCCAACAAUCAAAAAAUAUAUAUAAUACGUUUUGCACAGAACUUGGAGGCCAAAUAAAAGAAUCUGCGGGCUGCCAGUUGGGGAACUCUGUUAGAUUACAUCAAUUAGGAUCAAUUAUUUUCAGUAAGUGUAAUUAAUUAGAUAUUUUGUAUAGUUAUCAAUGUAAAUGAUUGACUUUUGUAAGAGUUUAGAGUUGUUUUUUCCAUUCCAAUAACAACCUAUUAUGGUUUUGUCUAUUGUACUUUAUUUGUUUAGUUUUUUUUCUGAAUAAAGCCUGGACUUUU